AUGAAUCACUUUGAAGUUUCUGGUUUGCUAGCAUGGGGGUGUAAAGCUGUGUAUCAGUUGCCACUCGCUUUUGGACUGUUUAGUUUUUAUUUUGAAGUUUCUUCUGCUUUAGGUUACAGGAGGUCCGACUUCCCUUUGAAAGUAUACGAGGCUGUAGUUACACCGAGUGAGACCUUGGCACAGCAAAGAGCGGGAUCGCCCGAAACGGUAUCUGCACAAUGCACGGAGUGGGGCGUUAUCGUGACUAUCAACCCUGACCUUCUGGGUAUUCAGCAUCCAGUUCAGCCGUCCGAUUUGACAAUUGGAGGAUGUGGAGUGACCGGCCAAACGCCAACUGCCUUUGUGAUUAAAGCUCCGUUACAGGGAUGUGGCAGCACCGUUACGAUGACUGCUGAUGAAAUAGUGUACACCUUCACCCUUGACUACAGCCCCUCUCCUCUUCCUGGCAUUCCCAUUAUACGAACCAACCCAGCUGUGGUGCAGAUUGAUUGUCAUUACCCCAGGUCUGCCUCUUGCUAACUGCUGCUUCCUGCUAGGCAGCACAAUGUCAGCAGUAAUGCACUGAAUCCCACUUGGGUCCCAUAUACCUCCACCAUAUCUGCUCAGGAU